CGCAUUUUCGCGUGUAUAGAGACGGAUCUGCAAGCUUUUAGCCAGCCACGAAUUGAUAUCACAGAGUUCAUUAUAAGAGGAAAUUCAGCCAAUCAUCUUCGAAAGCAUUUGGCACUCUUUCCACCGCAACAUGACAAAGAUGGCUCAGCGUCUUAAGAAGAAAGUUGUUGCUCUUGUUGCAUGCAUCCUGUUAACACUACCAGGGUUUGCAAAUACAUCAUCACAAUCUGCAAGCGACAUGUUAUCAAUGAAUCCUAUGACGCCAUCCCUAUUUGCAAGUCACAUGUCAUCAAUGAAUCCUAAGACGCCAUCACCAUCUGCAAGUGACAUGUCAUCUAUGAAUCCUAUGACGCCAUCCCCAUCUGCAAGUCACCUGUCAUCAAUGAAUCCUAAGACGCCAUCACCAUCUGCAAGUGACAUGUCAUCUAUGAAUCCUAUGAAGCCAUCCCCAUCUGCAAGUGGCAUGUCAUCAAUGACACAUAUGAUGCCAUCACAAUCUGCAAGUGAUAUGUCAUCAAUGAUGCAUAUGAUGCCAUCCCCAAUUGCAAGUGACGUGUUAUCAACGAUACAAAUGAUGCCAUCACAUAAUGCAAGUGACAUGACAUCAGUGGUGCAUACGAUGCCAUCCCUAUCGGUAAGUGACAUUUCAUCAAUGAUGCAUAUGAUGCCAUCCCCAUCUGCAAGUGACAUGUCAUCAAUGGUGCAAACGAUGCCAUCCUCGUCUGCAAGUGACACGUCAUCAAUGAUGCGUGUGAUGCCAUCACCAACUGCAAGUGACAUUUCAUCAAUGAUGCAUAUGUUGCCAUCCCCAUCUGCAAGUGACAUGUCGUCAAUGGUGCAUAUGAUGCCAUCCCCAUCUGCAAGUGACAUGUCAUCAAUGAAUCCUAUGACGCCAUCCCCAUCUGCUAGCGAAAUUGCCCCAACGGUGACUAGCAUUAUUCCAACGGUAGCACCUACGUGUCCUUCAGGAUUUACUGGAAGUGAUUGCUCCAUAGAUAUUAACGACUGUGAAAACAAAACCUGUUCAGGAAAUGGAAAGUGCCUUGAGAGAAUAAAUGGUUUUAUAUGUGAAUGUAACGAUAGUUACUUUGGAGAAAACUGUGAGGAAAAAUUCAGCGCCUGUAAUCCAAACCCAUGCGAAAACGAUGGAACUUGCACAGAAGAUGUUGAACCGUUCAAAUGCACAUGUACUUCAGCGUUUAAAGGGACAACCUGCCGAUCAG